AUGGCAAAGCAAAAUCAAUCAGCUUCUCCUUCUAGUACGGCACGUGACGAACGAGCUAUGCGUCGAGCCAUAGCAAGAGUACCCCCACCUACGAUAACCCCACCUACAGUUACCCCACCUACAGUACCCCUGCCUACAGUACCCCGCGAACUGUCCAUGCUCUCUACAGACACAGCAGAAUCGAUUGCUAGCCUAGAGCAAGACGCCCGGGCUAAGAUCCAGGACUAUGGAAGCCAGUCUCGUCAAUAUGACAAGCUAGUAAAAAGCGGCCUGCUCGCAUUUCUUACGUGGCUUCCAGAGGCUGGCAAAACGUCACUUGCAAGAGAUGUCAUCGGGGCAAGCUCUGAACAACAGCUGUACGACGUUUUUGUCAAUCUUUUGACUGGGAUAGCUUCACCAAUGAAAUCUCGAUCCAAAGCACCCUCAGUUGUAGAAAGCCCCUAUUCCAAAAGUCAAGCACACGUUGAGAUAGUUGCUUCUACCAUUGACCAGCCAGAAAAGCGUGACUCUUCAUUCGCAACACAGCUACAACUACGAGAUAGUUAUCGCUGUGUGAUAACGGGCCAACAGAACACCGAUCAAUGGAUACACGAAGGGGAACCAGGAGGCGUGUUCCAUGGCCCCACUGAAGGGGCUCAUAUCAUACCUUUUGCAUUUGCCUCUUGGCAAGGAGUGCCCGGAGCGCCAAGAGAUGUCUCAAGUGCCUGGGCUGUACUGUAUAAGUGUUUCCCUGCACUACGCCAAAUUCUCUCAGUAGAGAAGAUCAACUCUCUCUGCAAUGGACUCACCCUUCGAGACUCAGUGCAUUCUCAGUUUGGCAAAUUCACAAUUGCCUUAAAACCUACGGAUAUCGAAAAUGAGUACGAGGUGAAGACUUACAAGCGCUAUCCCCCCGCUGACAUCGCCACCCUUCAUCCACACGUCCGAUUCAUGCCAAAUACGGAGUAUGAGAUUCCAAGCCGCGCAAUUCUCGAUACGCAUUGGAGAAUGUGUGAAAUCUUUAAUGCAUCUGCUAUGGGAGAGACCGUUGAACAACACAUUCGGGACUGGGAAGAGUUGAGAGGCUCGGGGUGCGCUGUUGUGAAAGAGGACGGCUCAACCGAUCUCGCUAGUCUGCUGGAGAUCGCGCUAUGGGGCCAAGUUUCUGCAUGA